AUGAAAAGUGAGCUGAGAGGAAACAAUGCAUCCAUUUCCCUUCAAAACCCUAGUCUUUUCGACACCCAACAGAGUUCCAUAACUGGAGCACUCAGAGGAUGCCUUGGUAGUCUUGAUGGAGCAUGUAUAGAGAAGCUUCUACUUCACUGCGCCAGUGCCCUUGAGAGAAACGAUGUGACUUUGGCCCAGCAAAUUAUGUGGGUGCUCAAUAACGUCGCUUCCUCUGUUGGCGACCCUAAUCAAAGGCUUACCUCCUGGUUUUUGAGAGCUCUCAUCUCUAGGGCAUCUAGAGUUUGCCCCACAACGAUGGAUUUUAAUGGCGGCAGCACAUUUCACAGGAGGCUAAUGACCGUGACUGAGCUAGCCGGGUAUGUUGAUCUAAUCCCUUGGCACCGGUUUGGGUUUUGUGCAUCAAACAGUGCCAUUUUUAAUGCGGUUCAAGGAUACCCCAAAGUUCAUAUAUUAGAUUUUAGCAUCACUCACUGUAUGCAGUGGCCUACUCUAAUUGACGCCCUAGCGAAAAGAGCUGAAGGGCCUCCUUCACUUCGAAUCACGGUACCCUCUUGCAGGCCACCAGUCCCUCCUUUGCUUAACGUAUCAACCGAGGAUGUUGGCCACCGUUUGGCAAAUUUCGCAAAGUUUAGGGAUGUACCCUUUGAAUUCCAUGUAAUCGAAGACCCUUGUUUGCCUUCAUCAGGUGAAAUUUUGUCCAAAGAAUACUCCGGUUUUCAGUUUGAAUCACUUUUAAGUCACUUGACUUAUUCCAAGCUAGACCUUAGGGAGGACGAGGCUUUGGUAAUAAACUGUCAAAAUUGGAUACGGUAUCUGUCUGAUGAGAGGAAAGGAAAUACUGCUCACGAUUCUUCUUUGCGAGACGCUUUCCUUCACAUAAUAAAAGGCCUUAAUCCACGUAUUAUAGUUGUGGUCGAUGAGGAUUCUGAUCUGAGCGCAUCAAGUCUCACUUCAAGGAUCACAACUUGCUUUAAUUAUCUUUGGAUACCCUUUGACGCAUUGGAGACUUUCUUGCCCAAAGAUAGUAGCCAAAGGGUAGAGUAUGAAUCCGAUAUUGGUCACAAAAUUGAAAACAUCAUCAGUUUUGAAGGGUUUCAAAGGAUAGAGAAGUUAGAAUCUGGUGCAAAAUUGUCACAAAGGAUGAAGAACGCCGGUUUCUUUGGCGUUCCAUUUUGCGAAGAGACCAUUACAGAAGUUAAAUCCCUGCUAGAUGAACAUGCUAGCGGAUGGGGCAUGAAGAGAGAGGAAGAUAUGCUGGUUCUCACAUGGAAGGGUCACAACUCAGUUUUUGCCACAGCCUGGGCCUUAACCGGGCUGGAGGAUUGACACGGGUGUGGAUUUCAAUGUCUUGAAGUGCUAUAUUAUGUAGCAUAUUCGGGGGCUACAAUAUAAGGGGAUGGGGAGCGAGUGGAGAUUGACGGUCUGUGGUCCUGUUGAAGCAACAGAGACAAAAGAGGUUGCUUUUUUGCUUUGUCAAAAAGGCUGCAAAUGAGCUUAAGACAAGAAGGAAAACGGCAGCAUUUUGAGGAUAACUUCAUACUAUCUUUUAGCUGGCUCAGUUCACAUGAAAAAGCUGGGAGAGAAAUGUA